AUGGACUUUUUGGUGGAAAUGGAUGAUGAAUUGGACUAUAAUGAAAGUGAAUCACCAGUUGCUGUAAAACGUACCAGUAAUAAUCCUGCUGGCGAUUCAAGAGCAACACAAAUGCAUCUUAAAUCAUACUAUUCAAGUGAAAAAUCUCGACAUAAUGUAAUUUCACCGCGGGAAGAAGGUGAGGCUUACUCAGACGAUGAAAACGAUUCUACAGUUCCAGUCGAAUCAAAACGGGAAUAUACUAACAGGCCAAUUAGUCAUUUUGAUAAGGAAGAAGGUGAAGCAUCUAGUGAAGAGGAUCGUCGUUAUGAUCAUCAUGAUGCAAGACGUGGAAAAUCUAAUUCCAAUCGACAACACAGUUCAGCGCUUGGUGCUUUAACAUUUGAGGAGAGUCAAUAUCGUAAUCGUUUGCAUGAACGAUAUGAACGACGAGAACGUGAAAGAAAGCGAUUACGUGAUGAUGCUGAUUCAGAGUCAAUACAUCAUGGACGUCCAGCGUACUUAAAUGAAGAGUCUAAUUCCAGCAGUGGGGGAGAGGAUGUUAAUUUAAAUGUUAACAUGGAGAACUCCGAAGUUAGUAGAAAACAUCAAUCUACCAAACCACAGGAUCUAAAACAGAAGAAAGUAGAUCGUACAAUUAUGUCUACAGUUCAUCAAACAUUAGAUAAGUCUCCUCCUCAAGAUAAUCGCCACUAUAAAGUACUGCAGAAAGAACGUGAAGAAUACACUUCAAGGUAUACUCAAAGUCAGACAGGCUUCUCUAAAUAUGAUACUACUAUUUCAUCUAGUCAGUCAAUAUCUGUUACAAUGUCUGAUAGGAUUGUCACUGGAUCAGAAGGCCUCUAUCCAAAUGAGUUAAAUCGUUCUCCUGUGGAGGUGAUACGAAAGUCAAAAUCAAAGAAAUCAAAACGAGAGCGUAAAGAGAAAGAGUCAUCAAAAAGCAGAGGUGGUGAGGUUACAAUAAAGAAUAAGAAAGGAAGUAAACAAAGAAAAGUACAAUCAGCGAAUGAAUUAGACUACAGUGCAUGGGAGUUAGGUCAAAAGUAUACAAAGGUUCCAGACGCUUCAUUUCAAGAGAGACAUCCUCAACCUAUCCUGCACAGUCGAUCUGGUUCACUAGAUUCCAUAUCAUCUGCUUCUUCACAGUUGAGUAAAGUGUCUGAUUAUUCUGGUUGUUCUUCACAUUCAUCUCCAGUUUCACAUCGUAAAUCAGUAUCUACCAGUGCUCAACACCUUAAGCUUUCUUCUCAAUCUGCAUAUGAUCGUGAUACAGCAUAUAAUCAACAUCAUCAUAAAAAACGUUAUCACCGAGAGGCUAGAGAAACAGCUCCACCACCUGAAUCUACUCGGCAUUAUGUUGUUCCUAAUCAGAUAUCAGUUAAGAUUAAGCAUAAACGUAAAGGUGAUAAAAGGGAGACAUCGGAGAAUAACUAUGCGAUUAAUUUAGUAAAUAAACGUGAAAAAACAUCUCAAGAUGUUGAAAAUCAAGAUUUUCCAGUUGAAGAUGUAUAUAAACAUCAUAACAAAAGUAGAUUGUUAAAGAAUAUUGAAGUCGAACCUGUUAAGCAUAGAAAACAUUCAUCUAAAAGCUCAAAAUCAAAAGAUCGUCGAUCAGCAUCACAGAAGUUAUCAGUUUUAAAAAUUCAUGAAGACUAUGAACAGACUAAUCAUAAUCCUUAUAGAUCAGUUGCAAUGAAAUCUGAAGAUCAUGAACAAUAUUCAGAGGAAAGUGAAUUAGAUGCUGAUAAUACUGAUAAUAGAGAAGUAAAUACUAAUAUAAUGAACAAUAAAGCAAGUGUAAAAGUAAAAGAAACAAAUUCAUUAUUCCCCUCUGGAAGUAAAAUAAUCGAAGAAGAAAUAAAAAAUGCCAAUAGUUUCAAUAGACUUCCACUACCACCUCGUUAUCCUGGUUAUUCAGAAUCAUCAUCUGAAUGUGAUGAAAAUGAAAUGCCUGAUAAUGAAUUCAUGAAUAAUAAUGGUAUUAAUAAAAUAAUGAAUGAUGACGAUGAAGAUAAGUAUAAAGACUUCCGUGAUGAUGAUAAUGAUAGUGAGAAUAUCGUUAAUGAAGAUGAUAAUGAAAUCGAUUCUUUUCAGAAUAAACCUCCUGGAAAACCAUUUUAUUUUCCGUCUAUACAAGGUUGUAGAUCAGUUGAAGAGUUUGAAUGCCUUAAUCGUAUUGAAGAAGGCACCUAUGGGGUGGUAUAUCGAGCACGUGAUAAGAAGGUCAAUGAGAUUGUUGCAUUGAAACGCUUAAAAAUGGAAAAAGAGCGAGAUGGUUUCCCUAUUACAUCAUUACGUGAGAUCAAUAUGCUAAUGAAAGCUCAACAUGAGAAUAUUGUUACUGUACGUGAAGUGGUUGUUGGUAGUAAUAUGGAUAAGAUAUAUUUAGUUAUGGAUUAUGUAGAGCAUGAUUUGAAGUCAUUAAUGGAGAUUAUGAAUGGUCCAUUUAGUGUUGGUGAAGUGAAGUGUUUACUUGUACAGUUAUUGAGAGCAGUUGGUCAUCUACACGACAAUUGGAUAUUACAUCGAGAUUUAAAAACAUCAAAUCUUUUGUUAAGUCAUCAAGGAAUUUUAAAGGUGGGAGAUUUUGGAUUAGCUCGAGAAUAUGGUUCCCCACUUAAACACUAUACAGAAGUUGUUGUCACUUUGUGGUAUCGAGCACCUGAACUUCUUUUAGGUACAAAACAGUAUGCUUGUCCUAUUGAUCUUUGGUCUGUUGGUUGUAUUUUUGCUGAAUUCCUCCUUCAACGACCAUUAUUCCCCGGAAAAGGUGAAGUAGAUGAAUUGAAUAUCAUUUUUCGUGAUUUGGGUACACCAACAGAACGUAUAUGGCCGGGUGUAUCUCAGUUGCCUGGUAUUAAGAAGUGUGUUUUUACAGAGUACCCAUAUAAUCAAUUAAGACGGAGGUUUACUGAAAAACAAAUAUCUGACCAAGGCUUUGACUUGCUAAACAGUUUCCUCACAUACUGUCCAGAUAAGCGAAUUACCGCUGAAAAAGCUCUUGUCCACCCUUACUUCAACGAACGUCCUCGUGCUAUCCACCCAUCAAUGUUUCCAAGUUGGCCAGCAAAAUCUGAAGGUGGUGUCAAUGUGAGAAAAGCUUCACCUCGACCACCAGCUGGUGGGGGUGCUUUAGCGGCGGCGGCAGCUGCUGUAGCCGCAGCUGCGGCAGCAGUAUCAACAGCUACAUCAGGCGGUGGUAGUCGUAUGAGAUAUCAACCUCCGGCUCCACCUAUGGGCGGUCAAAGAUUCUACAGUAGUAUGGCUGAUUCACGCCCAGGUACGGCAAAUCGAGGUACAGCUGGCUCAGGCGAUGCUUAUACUACCAGCGGUGUGGACAAAGGUUUCCUACUGCGUUUUUGA